UCCAUCAAACGGGCAAAUGACCAAACCGAGAGAGAGAGAUGAGAGGGGUGGGAGGGCCAUUGUUAUGCAUCGGCGAUCUGCUCAGCGACGUCGGAGAAAGUGACGCCAGCCAUGAUCAGCUUCCACCGCGCCCCACCAUAACACCUUCACCGGACUACAAAUCCAGCCUCCAACCUUCCGAUCUAAACAACCUUUUCCAGGAAAACUAUGAGCAGCUGAACAAAGCACUUGCUGGUACAGAUCAUUCAUGGACGCAUCUCACACUAGAGCUAUGCACUGCUUUGGAGACUGCAAGCAAGUUGGUUCACUCGACCAAUUCUAGUGUUGGCAUGUUGAAGGAUAAGGUUGAGGAGCUUUCGAAAGUCAUUAGUAGAAGAGACUCAGCUAUAGAAGCCGCAAAGGCCAUUGAAGGCUCUCCAAAACAACCUGAGAGCACUCAGUGAAGAUGUCUGAUCAUGACGAUCAAUUUCCAAGUUGAAGGUUAUGUACAGACUGAGCCUUCCCGUCAAGACAUCAUAGAAUUCAUUCCUUCUUGUGAACCUGCAAAAUAGUAGCGGUAAAGGGUUCCAGAUCUUCUUUUCUCUGCUUAGAACUCCAUCCAGUCCAGCACAUCAGAAGUUACAUUUACUGUCUGGGCAUAGCUCAAUCUACUCUAAGAACAUUUACGAAAGACCCAAUAAUCGGGCUAUUAUGGGGCAGUGCAGAAGUAGAAAGAUGUCCUAUUAUCUACUUCAAACAGGAAGUAUUACCUGCAGAGUGAUACCCUUUCUUUGUAGUUUGUUUUGUGUCUACUAAAAACAAGCAACCGUAGUUGGUGAUUUGUUUUCUGUAUCUUCUUCCAUGUCAUUGAAUGUUGGAUAGAGAGGAGAUUACAGAAGCAAGAUUCUAUUGUGAAAAUGCAAUUUUUUGCCUUGACAAUUGCACAUUUAAAUGUUCUGAAGAAAUCUGGACUUCUUCUAAUC